CGAUCGGAACGAACCCUAACACCCUUCUAACAUCAACAAGCACAAAAUCCCCCUUUCACAUUUCUUCCUCUGAAAUCAAAUCAUCAAUCAUACUAUUUCAACUAUGGUAUCCGAAAUCCUUCCCCACAAAUUUCCCUCUUCCUCCGAUCCCCAUCCUCAGACCACCGCUUCUCACUCACUCGCAGUCGCCACUGAUUCAUCUCUGCCCAACACAACGCAACCCGUCGUCCAUCGCAAAUCCUCCACCGCUUUGUCCUCGUCAUCUUCGAGGGACCGCCACACCAAGGUCAACGGCAGAGGGCGCCGUGUCCGCAUGCCGGCUCUCUGUGCCGCUCGCAUCUUUCAGUUGACGUGCGAGCUUGGCCAUCGUUCUGAUGGCGAGACCAUCGAGUGGCUUCUCCGUCAGGCUGAGCCCUCUAUCAUCGCAGCCACUGGUACUGGGACUAUUCCGGCUGCUCCGAUCUCCACCGUUUCACCGGUUAUGGCCUCGUCUGCUCCAUCGGUUGCUUGUAGGGUUCAGCCGGUGGCAGUGGCUGCUGCUGCUGGUGGGCAGAGAAUGUUCGGGAUGCCACCGCCGAGCUGCCGUUUGAAUUUAUGCCAGCCGGUCGGGAUGAAUUACUCUGCUGGCGGGGAUGAUUACCGGUACAUGCCGUUCACUGCGCUUCUGUUGCAGCCGGCGACGGCGGACGAGGCGGAGGAGAGACAUGAGGCGGAGGAGAUCUUCAGAGAACAAUAGAAAAUUGAAAUGAUCAAACAGAACACAGACAGCAGUUUGAAAUUGCAGUAUGGAAAUCUUACCCUUUUCCCAGCCCUUCUUCGUUCACCUUCCUCUCAUUCUGGUUAUGGCUGGAAUUUGUAGAGGCAUGAAGAAACUGUAUAAUCUUCUACUGCAAUGGAAAUUCAUCUUCUUUUUUUUU